UUUGCAUUUCCAUUGCUUUCUUCCUCGCUGUAAGUGGUGGUCUCCUCUCCCGCCUCCCCCGAAAAUGCCCUCGUUUUCGAAACGUUCGAAAAAGAAAGAGUAAAGAAAAUAAUAGACUAAAUCCAGCAGCGGCAAAGCGGCAUCGCCUGUUCUGUUGGGGAUUCAGUCGGGACCGUUUCCGUUGUUGAAUUCGCUUUGUUGGUGUUUCUGGUUGCUGUUUUGGGAUUAGAAUUGGGGGUUUUUGUGCCCUGAAGUCGUCGGUAAAAUGUAUGCGGGGGAAGAGAUCGACGAUGACAACGAAGAGGAGGAGAUCACCCAGGAGGAUGCCUGGGCCGUUAUCAGUGCCUACUUCGAGGAGAAGGGUUUGGUGCGGCAGCAGCUCGAUUCCUUCGACGAGUUCAUUCAGAAUACCAUGCAGGAGAUUGUUGACGAGUCUGCCGACAUCGAAGUACGGCCGGAGUCCCAGCACAACCCGGGGCGUCAGGCGGACUUUGCGGAGACCAUUUAUAAGAUCAGUUUCGGUCAGAUAUACUUGAGCAAACCCAUGAUGACAGAAUCAGAUGGAGAAACUGCAACUUUGUUUCCCAAGGCUGCUAGGUUGAGGAACUUGACUUACUCAGCCCCGUUAUACGUGGAUGUCACAAAAAGAGUAAUUAAGAAAGGGCAUGACUCGGAAGAGCUCGUAGAGAAGCAGGAUUUCACUAAAGUCUUCAUUGGAAAGGUCCCAAUUAUGCUUCGUUCUAGUUACUGCACAUUGUAUCAGAACUCCGAGAAAGAUCUAACAGAACUUGGGGAAUGCCCAUACGACCAAGGUGGCUAUUUCAUCAUCAAUGGCAGUGAAAAAGUUUUGAUUGCACAAGAGAAGAUGAGUACAAAUCAUGUAUAUGUUUUCAAAAAAAGACAGCCAAACAAGUAUGCAUACGUAGCAGAGGUACGAUCUAUGGCCGAGUCACAGAAUAGGCCACCAAGCAGCAUGUUUGUUCGAAUGCUCUCUCGGACCAGUGCUAAAGGGGGUUCCUCUGGACAAUAUAUUCGAGCUACUCUCCCUUACAUCAGGACAGAGAUCCCAAUAAUUAUUGUGUUCAGAGCACUUGGGUUUGUUGCUGACAAGGACAUAUUAGAGCACAUCUGUUAUGACUUCUCUGACACUCAGAUGAUGGAGAUGCUUCGUCCAUCACUAGAGGAAGCUUUUGUUAUCCAAAAUCAACAGGUCGCGUUGGACUACAUUGGGAAGAGAGGAUCAACAGUAGGUGUUACAAAGGAGAAGCGGAUCAAGUAUGCCAAGGAGAUUCUACAGAAGGAAAUGCUUCCGCAUGUUGGGGUCGGAGAAUAUUGUGAAACAAAAAAAGCAUAUUAUUUUGGAUAUAUCAUCCAUCGUCUUCUACUGUGUGCUCUUGGUCGGAGGCCUGAGGAUGAUAGGGAUCACUAUGGAAACAAGAGGCUGGACCUUGCAGGUCCUUUGCUUGGAGGCCUGUUCAGAAUGCUUUUCCGCAAGCUGACAAGGGAUGUUAAAACAUAUGUCCAAAAGUGUGUAGAUAAUGGAAAGGAUGUAAAUCUUCAAUUUGCAAUUAAAGCUAAGACAAUUACUAGUGGUUUGAAAUACUCUCUUGCUACUGGAAAUUGGGGCCAAGCAAAUGCUGCAGGGACAAGGGCAGGAGUUUCACAGGUGUUGAAUCGUUUGACAUAUGCGUCAACCUUGUCCCAUUUGCGGAGGUUAAACUCUCCAAUUGGCCGUGAAGGGAAAUUAGCAAAGCCACGUCAGCUGCACAAUUCACAUUGGGGAAUGAUGUGUCCUGCAGAGACACCUGAAGGACAGGCUUGUGGACUCGUGAAAAAUUUAGCGUUAAUGGUGUAUAUAACAGUGGGUUCAGCUGCAAAUCCUAUCUUAGAGUUUCUUGAAGAAUGGAGCACUGAAAAUUUUGAGGAAAUAUCUCCCGCUGUCAUUCCUCAAGCAACUAAAAUUUUUGUCAACGGGUGUUGGGUUGGCAUACACCGCAAUCCUGAACUUUUGGUGAAAACCCUCAGACAACUCAGAAGACAGGUCGAUGUUAAUACAGAAGUGGGUGUUAUUCGAGACAUCCGCUUGAAAGAGCUCCGCCUGUAUACUGACUAUGGUCGCUGCAGUCGUCCUUUGUUCAUUGUAGAAAAACAAAGAUUACUAAUUAAGAAAAAAGACAUUCGAGCUCUUCAGCUAAGGGAAACCCAGGAGGAAGGUUGGCAUGAUCUUGUGGCAAAAGGUUUCAUAGAAUAUAUAGAUACAGAAGAAGAGGAAACCACAAUGAUUUCAAUGACUAUUUCAGAUUUAGUCAGUGCAAGGCUCAAUCCUGAGGAGGCUUACUCAGAGACAUACACCCAUUGUGAAAUCCAUCCAUCAUUAAUACUUGGCGUCUGUGCUUCUAUCAUCCCAUUCCCUGAUCACAAUCAGUCUCCUCGUAACACAUACCAGUCGGCAAUGGGUAAGCAAGCUAUGGGAAUAUAUGUCACCAACUAUCAACUGCGAAUGGAUACUUUGGCAUAUGUUCUUUACUACCCUCAGAAGCCUCUUGUUACUACACGUGCCAUGGAGCAUUUACAUUUCAGACAGCUGCCUGCUGGAAUUAACGCUAUUGUUGCUAUUGCCUGUUACUCAGGAUACAAUCAGGAAGAUUCUGUUAUCAUGAAUCAAUCUUCGAUUGAUCGUGGAUUCUUCCGGUCGUUGUUUUUCCGUUCGUACAGGGAUGAGGAGAAGAAAAUGGGAACCCUUGUUAAAGAGGAUUUUGGACGUCCCAAUCGGGAGAAUACAAUGGGCAUGCGGCAUGGAUCAUAUGACAAGUUGGAUGAUGAUGGUCUUGCACCUCCUGGUACAAGAGUCUCAGGUGAGGAUGUCAUAAUAGGGAAGACAUCACCUAUUUCUCAGGAUGAUUCACAAGGACAAGCAUCACGUUAUACAAGGCGUGAUCAUAGCACAAGCUUGCGCCAUAGUGAAAGUGGCAUGGUUGAUCAGGUUUUGUUGACAACAAAUGCUGAUGGUUUGAGAUUUGUGAAAGUGAGAAUGAGAUCUGUUCGUAUUCCACAGAUUGGAGAUAAGUUUAGUAGUAGGCAUGGACAAAAGGGUACUGUGGGUAUGACAUAUUGCCAAGAGGAUAUGCCAUGGACGGUGGAAGGCAUUACACCUGACAUUAUUGUCAACCCACAUGCUAUUCCGUCUCGAAUGACAAUUGGGCAGCUGAUUGAGUGCAUCAUGGGCAAAGUGGCAGCUCAUAUGGGAAAGGAAGGAGAUGCUACUCCAUUUACAGAUGUCACAGUGGAUAAUAUCAGCAAGGCCCUUCACAAAUGUGGUUACCAGAUGCGUGGCUUUGAGACCAUGUACAAUGGCCACACUGGUCGGAGACUUAGUGCUAUGAUAUUUCUUGGUCCUACAUAUUACCAAAGGCUGAAGCAUAUGGUGGACGACAAGAUUCACUCCCGUGGUCGUGGGCCUGUGCAAAUUCUUACAAGGCAGCCAGCUGAGGGACGGUCUCGUGAUGGAGGGUUGCGUUUUGGAGAGAUGGAACGUGAUUGUAUGAUUGCUCAUGGAGCAGCACAUUUCCUCAAGGAAAGACUUUUUGAUCAAAGUGAUGCAUACAGGAUUCAUGUCUGUGAACGUUGUGGACUGAUUGCAAUUGCCAACCUCAAGAAGAACUCUUUCGAGUGUAGAGGAUGCAAGAACAAGACUGAGAUUGUUCAGGUCUACAUACCAUACGCCUGCAAGCUGUUAUUCCAAGAGCUGAUGUCCAUGGCUAUUGCACCGAGAAUGCUUACCAAAGAGAUUAAGAAGUCCAAAGAUCAAAAGAAGAAAUAAUCAUAAGGUGCAACACCUGGAGCCAUCAUCACCGCAAUGCUCUUUUUCCCACUCUGGGAUACAUCUGCUGCUGGAUUUACAUGUUGCUGCCUGAUCCUCAAGAACACCGUUUUCAGUUCUCUUCUCAGACUCCCAGCAUUCAAGUGGAAGCUUCGAAAUCCUGAGCUAGUAUAAUAGUUGCGGCCUCCGUUUCAAGCGUUGAAAGGGAAAAGAACAUUAUCGGAAGUUCCUGAAGAUGUCCUUUUUCGGUUUCUUGGCUUGGAAUACUUCCAUUGAAUUUGGGCUUGGUGGCUUAAAGAGUUGAAUGGUUGCGACGAACAGCUGCCUUUCUUUCUCUGAAUUUAAGAUGUACACUACAUGGCAUUUACUUCUCCUGUUGUGGGGUUAUUUAUGUUGUUUCUGCUGUAUGUAUCCAUAAUGUGAAGAUUUAACAAUGUGGGCUAAGAAUCAAGAAAGCGCAUAAAUGUUGCUUUAGUGUAGGAUGCUUCUUGUUGGUCAACAAAAGGUUAUUUAUUUCCA